AUGCAGACGCAGAACGCAAUACGGAGACCAACCAUAAUGCGCCACUUCACCCUAUACUCGAUACCACGGCUUGGUACUGCUCGGUACCGUGGCUCUUUGAUUAAUCAGACCCGAUUUCGACUUGAAGUCCUUGUUGGAUCGGAGUCUAGUGGGAUUCAAACCCGACCCACUUGCAGUCGAGAGGAGGACAAUUUUGCUCGUGAAUCUGAAAUCAUCAGCAGACAGGCAAAGAAAAAACCCGUCAUCUUUGGGGAAAAUUCUGGAGAAGGUUUGGGUGGUACGCUCAUGGUCAUGGCUGCCGCUAUCGCCGCCCAUUCUCACUCCUCUCCUGUCUUGCACGUUACUCUGACGACUUCCAAAUCCCCAAAAAUCCUUACUUUAGCUUCUCCGCUCCACCAUGACGCAAGUAGGAACUUCUUCCCCGUUUUUAGAACCCUCCGCUCUUCUCGGUACUCUCGGAAACCGUUCAGAACUGCGUUUAAAGUAGCAGCGACCGACCCAAAGAUAAUAACUGAAAAUGAGGAGAACCAAGCGACGGAGAACAAAUCUAGAAGUUUGACUAAACAAAAUGAUAAUAUGAAGGCCCUUAUUCAGGCUUAUAAGGAAGCUUUUUUUAAUGGUGAUGAAAAGAGUGUCUCUCAAAUUGAAGCAUCAAUUUGCAACCUUGAGAAGGAGAAGAAUGAACUUUCCUUGAAAUCUGCAGGCUUAAAUUCAGAAAUAUUAACUAUAAAGGAUAAGUUUCUUCGUUUAAAUGCUGAUUUUCAAAAUUUAAGAAAGCGCACAGAAAAGGAUCGUCUCACCUUUACAUCUGAUAAUCGAGCAGAAGUUAUUGAGCGCUUAUUGCCCAUUGUUGACAAUUUUGAGAGAGUGAAGCAACAAAUGAAACCAGAAACAGAAAGAGAAAGGAAGAUUGAUACAAGUUAUCAAGGCAUUUACAGGCAGUUUGUUGAGAUCGUGCGAAGCAUGCGUGUUUCUGUAGUGGAGACAGUCGGUAGACCAUUUGAUCCCUCUAUCCAUGAAGCCAUUUCAAGAGAGAAAUCUCAACAAUUCAAAUCUGGCAUUGUUAUGCAAGAACUCCGCCGCGGAUUUCUUCUCAGUGACCGUGUUCUUAGACAUGCCAUUGUCAAGGUUUCAACUGGACCAGGACCAGAAAAAGCCUCUUCAGCUGCUACAAAAUCCAUAGAUCAACCAGAUGCAACUGCAGAAUAUCUUGGAAAAUCAGCAACAUCUACCAAUGGCUAAUUCCAUGCAGGUAUCCCAUCUACUUCCAAGGAUUACCCUUUCUAUCAUGUUCAUUUAUUGGUUCGAUAUCAUUUGAGCUAUCUUUCCAUCACAAGUUCAUAGCCUAUUGAUGAUAAAUAAAACUGAAAUCAGUUCCAAGUAUUGGGGGGCUCCAUAGUAACAGGUAACUUAUAUCAUUUAAGAUUAAGGUUUCGUUUGUGACAGUGUUUUUGCUGCUUUCUAAAAUGAUUUUUUAGUGCAAAAAUUUUGUUAAUUAGAAAUUUUUAUAUUAGAAAGUCAUUUUAGAAAGCAUUAAAAAAAUUAUUCCAAACGAAGCCUAAGUUUAAAAAACUUAUCAUGCCUUGCCCAGUUUUUUUCUUUCAUGUAUUGGAGUCGAAACCGUUUUAUUUGGACUUUGGAUGACUGUAAUCUCUAUUGCAAUUUCUGGGCUGCCAUCACUAUUGAAGUGAUUUUAGUUGGGGCAGUGCUUGUAAUAUUGCAGAAGAGUAAUAUCUUUUUGUCACAUUUAUUUUUUGUUACAUGAUAUAUCAUAUAAAUAUAACUGUAAGAAUGUGAUGAAUUUCAGUGGAUGUAAAGAAUAUUUCACUUA